AUGACUCGCUUCGACCCCAAUCACGAGUCUUUGGCGUUUGGAACGCUGAAAGAUUCUGUAGUUGUGCUAACUGGUGGAGCAUCUGGCAUAGGCGCAGCCACUGUCAAGCAAUUACACGCCCGCGGCGCCAGGAUCAUCUUUGGAGACUUGGACGACACUCGAGCACAGCACGUCGUUUCUUCAACCUCAGCAGAUACUGUCCACUUUCUCAAGACUGAUGUGCGAAACUACAAGGACAAUCUAGCUCUGUUCAAGCUUGCAAUGUCGAAGUAUGAUCGGGUGGACCAUGCAAUUGCAAAUGCUGGAUUGGUGGAGCAGAGAGGCUGGUUCGAUCCCCGACCUGGCAUUGAAGGGGUCGAGAUCGAGCCGAGUACGCUUGUUCUUGACAUCAACCUGAAAGCUGUGUUGCAUUUUGCUCAUAUUGCGUGCGCAUAUCUUGCACAUGGCAAUGAGAGUGUGCGGAGAGACAAGAGCUUGACGUUGCUAAGCAGCAUUGCUGGUUGGAAGGAGACGCCAGGUAUGCCUGUUUAUCAGUCGAGCAAGCACGGAGUACUUGGGUUGUUACGAUCGUUGCGGCUGUACGUACCGAAAGCAUAUCCUGGCGUCAGAGUGAACGCGAUUUGCCCGAGUUUCACUGAGACGCGGAUGGUUGCUGGGAUCAGAGAUGGCUGGCAUGCAGCUGGACUUCCUGUCAAUGGACCUGAAGAUAUUGCUCGUGUGAUUGUUGCUGUCUGCGCUGCCAGUUCAGGCAAUCGUGCAAUCAGGUACGAUAGCAAGCAGGCACCAAACGUGAAAGACAGGCCAAGUGCGGGCGGAAUGGCCUGGGAUGAAUAUGAGAGUCAGGGUCUGAACGGCAGGAGUCUGCAUGUUAUGGGAGCGCAAUGUUAUGACUUUGAAGAGGGCCUGGAUCGUACUGAAGCUGAUUGGCUGGGAAUUGAGAUGAGUGGAUGGGUUAAGAAAGGUCAGGCUGGCCUAGGCGAUGGUACGGGCUGGGUAAUGGGUAGCUAG